CUAGGAGCCAUAUGCGCACCAAACCAAACCAACGCAAUUGAUACACUUAUCAUCUCGAGAAAUUUGUUGUACUACUUAACCGCGACCGUUUGCGUCUUAUAUAAAAUUCCCAAAUUUUCUCGUUUAUAUCUUUAUCGUGCAACACUACUUUGACAUUUUACAUAGGUGUGCAUAUGAAAAUGUCUGGUCGAGAAGGAGGUAAGAAAAAGCCUCUUAAGGCACCAAAAAAAGAAACAAAAGUUUUAGAUGAAGAAGAUGUGGCUUUUAAACAAAAGCAAAAGGAACAGCAAAAAGCACUGGCUGAGGCAGCAAAAAAAGCCAGUCAAAGAGGUCCUCUAGUCACCGGUGGUAUAAAAAAGUCUGGAAAGAAAUGAUUGCACACUUAUGUAGUAAAAGAAAAAAUUUGACUUACUGUGUGCAUAAAUGAUUAUAAUAAUUUCUGAACUGGUUGAAAUUUUUUUAUAAUGCUUGAGAUUUCAAAAGAAUAUUUUAUACUUGUAAAUAAAAGUGUAUAUGUAUUCUCUAUUUAAGUUUUACAGAAUUGAUGUGGGUUUACAUGUGUUACUGUUCAUUAAGAAGAUAUAACUUUUAUUAUAUGUUCAUCAAAUAUUACUGUAAAUCAUGAGGGAAACAAAAUAAUAAAGAAUGUAUAAAAUUUUGUACCAAUA